UCAAGCUACAACUGAUCACUUGGAACUUUGUCCUCCUUCCUCACUUUUAGUUUUCACCAGCGGAUUCCAAGCGUUUCAAAAGCAAGAAAUGGACGUACUCGAGACCAGGAGUCUCGGAUUUGGAGCUAGCAUGAAGUCAUUCACACGCUUAGAAAGUGGCGGAAGCAGCCCUCAGCAGCAUCAGCCUCUCUUCCAAGCUUUCGGCGAAAAGAAGGAAGGUUCACCUCGACGUCUUGCUGCAUCUUUUACCCGGAAACGCGAUGUGACCGAGCUGUACGAUGCUCGGCCAGAGCCAUUGCUGCCUUCGUCGCCGAGUGCUUACGGGGCUACUGUAAUAAUCAAGCCAAGGCGCAAGAGACUUCAAACUCAACGACGUCGCGAGCAAUGUCGUAACAACCAAGCGCGAUACCGGACUAGACAGCGCGAGUUUAUCCACGAGCUCCAAGAACGUGUCGAGCAGCUGCGAGAAGAAGUGCAGAACUUGUCUGUGAAGCGUCACACGCUGUGCUACGGCGUCCAAACCAAGAACAACAUUUGGCAUGUCGUGGUUGAAUACUUUCGCCUCUUUCGCUACGGAUAUCUCGCGCCAAUGAGUGAGCCCAAUCCAUCCAAUCUCCGAGACCAAGAAUGGUUUCUUCGGUCUGCGAUGUCACCAGACAUUGUGAUCGGAGAACAGAGUGGCGUUGACGCUCUUAUUGAACAGUGGCGGCGCUAUUCAACUUACUUUGGAAAUCUCAAUUUCCAACUGAAAGGGAUGGAAGAACAGCCUUUUGGAGCCUUAGUGGCAACUGCAUCUUUCAGUUUUACCAUCACAGAAACCUCGUUGCGGCAUGUAUUCCCGCAUCUGUUAGCAACUUCUGGUGCUGAACAUACCGGCUUUGGCACAGAACACACUAUGCUGUGGACUCGCCUGCUCGGUCGCCGACUCGACUGUCGGUGUUCAUUGCGAUUUCAAUGGGAUGAUUCGGCCGGGCGCGUGACGCAGCUGGACUGGAAAAUGGACUUGCUAACGACGUUGCUUCGAGUACUUGGCAAUCUCGAGGAUGUGAAUCGUGUGCUGAAGAAAGCUCUCAUCACGUCUGACAAUUUGGUCAAUGAUCUCCCGACGAAUAUCGAAUAAGCUUACGGUCGAGUACGUUAAGUGAAGGAAGUGCGACGCAACACGGAUUCAGUGGUGAUUUCUAGUUCCGUAACCCUUGUAUAUGUUGGAAGUACAGAAGUAUCUCGUACCAUGGUAACCUAGGAUAAAUAGCCAUCAUCCAUCGUCAUCACGGAUUCAGCUUUCUUGUCGUCAAUACUGUACUUAACAUAGUAUGGCAGCAAACGAUACUCUUGAGUUCACGG